GAAGGUCACAUGUGCCCAUCAUCCAGUCAGUCGCUUAACACACAUCGAAACGGUAACGUUAGUGGAAGAGUGCAGACUUUAUCAGCGGUACACCGACCGGUCUUCCGAAGAUGACCUCCACCUGCAUGUCGAUGGCUGUUCUGGGGCUGUCUCUAGGACUAAUCUAUGCUGAUUCAUUCCCAAAAACACAGAAGAAGCUGAACGAAUCCGCUGUUCUGGUCUGUGACAGUGAGUGUUCAGGUGUGACCCAGUGGGAGAAGAAUGGCAAGAAAGUGGCUGAGUGUGGACCUGGUGCUAAAACAGAUUUCAAGCUCACCUGUACAGUAAACGAGGGGAGAAGUACACUGACCAUUCCUCAGGUCAACUACUUAACUAGAGGCCCCUAUUCAGUCAAGUGCGCUGAAAGAGAAAUCUUUCCUUGUCGACAGAUCCUGCAGCUUCUUACUCCUGAAUCUGCUCGUGAGCUGGAUGCUGGUGACCUCCUCAAGGUGGAGCUGCAGAUUUCUGGAACGGCAAGAAUUCUCUUCACGAGGACUGGAGACCUCUCCAGAGUCCAGCUGUGCAGCGUAGAUGGACGACACCACAAAUGCGUUCCUGAGUAUCAGAAGAGGGUCUUCAUCGUUGGGAACACCUUCAUCCUAAUGAACAUGACGCUGUCAGACUCUGGGAUCUACAUCAUACAAGAGGAGGACGGUACGUCCGUCAGCAUUUGGAAUGUGACCAUCAAAGGAGGGAUGAGUUUGAAUGCUGGCAUUUCCACCCCAGAAGAGAACCGAGACCUCUUUUCCCUCAUCACAGGCAGCUCACAUGAUGUGCGACAGAUCCAGACCUGUAAGGAUGGGUUUGGAAAGGUGGCAGUGUUUUUUGGGAGUGCAAUGCUGGUCACCGGUGUGCUUCUGGGGGUGUUUGUUGUGCCGCGGGUGCUUUAUCUGAAGGACAGAGUCCUCCAGAGGCUCAGAGGAAGAGAUUCCUCGACCACGGAUCAUAAUGGGAGUGUGGAGAAUGGAGAUGCUCACCUCAAGGAGACCCUGCAGGGUAACAAGGACUCUGAAGGAUGAGCACCAUUCUGCCGUCUGCACUCUGAAGUCUUACUGUACGUUCAUCUGGGGAAAGGUUGUUUUUCUGUGUGUGUGAAUGUAACAGCAGAGCCGUCCUCAGUGAGUCACUGCCUCUCUCGAGCCACAUGGAACUAAUUUCCUCUCACUUUACAUUUCUUCAGUAAUCUGUUAUGCGCUGUUAGACUGAAAGAGAGCUCAGUGUUUCAGUCAUGAAUAUACUGUGUGGAUCCUAAACUGGUUCAAUGUGACAGAGAAUGAAAUGUUCUUAAGUGCGUUUAUCCGUCAUUAAGGGCCUGAAGUAUAUAAUCCUAAUUGUGUUUAUUUAUCUAAAGCCAAAGCCUGACUGAUGUUAAUAGUGAUAAUUCUGGCAGAUUUAGGAUUUAGACUGUGCCUUUCUGAACUUUAUGAACUCAAACUCUAGUGCCUUUAUCCUCCACGGUGCCACAGCUGUAUCACUGUACUGUAAGUCUGAUGACUGCCUCUGUUAUGGAGGUUUGAGUUUGGCUGUAGCUUAUUUCUUGGGAAUUUUUUGCUAUUUAUUGUGUUUGUACUCCUCUAGCUCAAAUUAAGUCAUCAUAAGCUCUGUGUUUGUAUGUGUAACUGCCUAAAUUCAGAUUUUGUCCAAUUGUCUAAACAUCAGUGUGAGACGUUUACGUGGUGUUUAUCAGAGAACAACGUUGAAAUGAGCACAGUGAUCAAGUAUGACUGCCUCACAGUAGUGGUUCCUGAAGAGCCUUCAGUCGGUUUCAACCUGAGACACUUGAUAUUUUUUAAUGUUGCUGUGACAUCAAACAGAAUCAGGUUCAGUUCAUCAGUAUAGCAAUAAUCAGCCAAAAUGUGAGUGAAGCAUUAAUACUAAACUGCCAAACUCCUCAGCCACCGUGAUGUGCCUGUACUUCACCUCAGACUGUGUUUAUACUCAGGACUCCACUCUGUGAAGUAGAUCUCCUCAGGGAUUCUCUGUUGAAGUAUUUUACAGGUGUGAACACCAGCUUUGAUCCUGAAGAGGUGCUUUUAUCUCAGCUGUACAAUCAGAGAGAACAACACAGUAAUAACAGCACAUCACAACAAAGACACUUUAUUUAGGUAAUGUAUUGUCAAUGAGCUGUAAUUAAUAAUAUAUAUAACCAAUAAAACAUUUAUGUACAGUC